GACGGGUCCGGGUUUGGAUCCACCACGCUUGCCCCCCCUUAUAUCCGUCCCUAGUCCUCGUUCCGAAUUCUCAAAAUCCACAGACGCGCUAAUCAUUCUCUCUCCCUCUUGAUGACUGAAGAAGUUUAACUCCAUUGCUCAUCACUGUCAGGAAUUGCAGUCUUCAACUUCUCGAGUCCCUAUGUCUACUCCACCGCCAGGAGGACCCUCUAAUGGUUCUUCGACGCCUACUGCUACUCCUAGUGGAAAUGCACUUAUAUCAAAUGGUUCCAAUGGUACCACUAGUGAUUCCAUGCAAGAAUCGGUGCAAGUAAAAUUUCCUAAUCCAUCUGGUCAUGUGGUUCCAGGACCUUCUUUCUCUUAUAGUGUGAGUCCAAGUGGCAACAGUGCCAGUGGAGGGUCUCAGCAGCCAUCAUCUUCUUCUGUGUCACCCAUAAUCAUUUAUCCCCAAUCUUCUGCCUCGACUUCUUCUUCUGGGCCAUCUUUGUCAUCUAAUUUUCCACAAGCCAGUGUAGGUUUCAUCAGUAAUCCACAGUUCCAAUCCAUAACGGAUGCAUCGGCGCCGAUUGCACGUGACAGCACUGUCUUAUCAACAUCAACCAUCUUACCAUUAAAUGUUAUUGCUUCUUCGAGCUCUACAGUGGCUGUAUCGACAACUCCUAACUUGGGUCCUGCAACUUUAUGGACACCAACUACACUAUCUUUUCCUGUUCCUCCUAGACCUUUUGGAACUCCUGGCAUACCUGGCCCCUCUGGAUUAGCCUUUUCUACACCAGUCACUGUUCCUUCUGCAAUUUCGGAUUCCUCUUCUGUUUUGAGGCACAAUAUGUCAAUGGCUCCUGACCCAUCUAAUUCAGCUGUGCAGCAGCCUAUAUAUCCUGCCUAUCCAUCUUUACCUGCUAUGGGUGUUUCCCCUCAGGCACACUGGUCAUAUCCUCCUCAGAUGGGUGGCUUUCAUAGGCCACCGUUUCUUCCGCAUCCUGCUGGUUAUCCUGGAUCCUUCCCUUCACCGAUGCAUGUCAUGCCUCUUCCUUUGGUUCCAUCAUCUGAUUCCCAGCCGCCUGGUGUCUCUUCUUUAGCGAUUGCUGGUUCAAUUACCGCUGCUGCUGCUGCUCCUGGAAAUCAAUUUGCAGGGCCAUCAGGGAUGCAGAUGCAGACAGAAUUACCUCCAGGAAUUGAUAACAGGAAACUUGUCCAUGAUGCUGGCAUCAUGGAAAGAGUUGUUGUAAGUGAACAAGCAGAGCCCUGGACUUCCCACAAAACUGAUACAGGAGUUAUUUACUACUAUAAUGCUGUAACAGGACAAUCGACUUAUGAGAAGCCUCCUGGCUUUAAGGGGGCGUCUGACAAGGUAUCUGUGCAGCCAACUCCAGUUUCAAUGGAGCACUUGGCUGGUACUGAUUGGGCAUUGGUUUCAACAAACGAUGGAAAGAAAUAUUAUUACAAUAGCAAAACUAAGUUAAGCAGCUGGCAGAUCCCAACUGAGGUCGCAGAAUUGAGAAAGAAGCAGGAUGUUGAAGUAUCAGGUGAACAUCCAGUGCCAUUGUCAAAUACUAGUGUACCGACUGAUAAGGUAUCUGCUCCGGUCAGUUUGACUGCUCCUGCUGUUAGCACUGGUGGUCGCGAUUCCAUAGCUCUCAGGAACCCAGGAGCACUGGGAUCCUCGUCCUCCUCUGCGCUAGACUUGGUAAAAAAGAAGUUGCAGGAUUAUGGAGCUCCUAUUACUUCAGCUGCUCCAUCUGUUCCAGCUCCAACUGCAGCAUCAGAAUUAAAUGGCUCAAGUGGAAUUGAGGGUGCAGCUAAGGGCUUGCAAAAUGAGAAUAGCAAAGAUAAGCUCAAAGAAGCUAACGAUGAUGGUAAUUUGUCUGACUCCUCUUCAGAGUCAGAGGAUACAGACAGUGGACCAACAAAGGAGGAGUGCAUUAUCCAAUUCAAGGAGAUGCUAAAGGAGCGAAGAGUAGCACCGUUCUCAAAAUGGGAGAAGGAACUGCCAAAGAUUGUCUUUGAUCCACGUUUUAAGGCUAUUCCAAGUCAAGCUGCUAGGAGGUCUAUAUUUGAGCACUAUGUGAAGACACGUGCAGAAGAGGAAAGAAAGGAGAAGCGAGCAGCUCAGAAGGCUGCAAUUGAAGGUUUCAAGCAGUUGUUGGAAGAAUCAUCAGAGGAGAUUGAUCAGAGCACUGAUUAUCAAACAUUCAGAAGGAAGAGGGGAAGUGAUCCACGGUUUGAAGCCUUGGACCGCAAAGAUCGAGAGCAUCUGUUGAAUGAAAGAGUCCUUUUAUUGAAGAGGGCUGCUGAAGAAAAGGCUAAAGCAAUUCGUGCAGUUACUGCCUCUGGCUUCAAGUCAAUGCUUCAUGAGAAAGGAGAUAUAACUGUUCAUUCUCGAUGGUCUAGGGUGAAAGAUGCCCUGAGGAAUGACCCAAGAUAUAAAUCUGUUAAACACGAGGAUAGGGAGGUUUUAUUCAAUGAGUAUAUUUCCGAACUAAAAGCAGAAGAAGAGGAAGCAGAACAGAAAGCAAAAGUGAAAAGGGAUGAACAGGAGAAACUGAAAGAAAGGGAGCGUGAGUUGCGGAAGCGGAAAGAAAGAGAAGAACAUGAAAUGGAAAGGGUGAGACUGAAAGUUCGUAGGAAAGAGGCAGUUGCGACUUUUCAAGCUUUGCUCAUGGAAACAAUUAAAGACCCUCAGGCCUCUUGGACCGAAUCGAAGCCUAAACUUGAGAAGGAUCCUCAAGGACGUGCAACCAACCCUGAAUUGGAUCCAUCUGAUAUGGAGAAGCUUUUCAGGGAACAUGUAAAGAUGCUGCUGGAGCGAUGUGUACAUGAGUUUAGAGCUCUACUAGCCGAAGUCAUAACUCCAGAAGCAGCUGUCCAAGAGACUGGAGAUGGAAAAACGGUUCUUAAUUCAUGGUCAACUGCUAAACGCGUCCUGAAACUUGAUCCCAGGUAUAACAAGAUGCCAAGGAAAGAGAGGGAAGCUUUGUGGCGUCGGCACUCUGAGGAGCUGUUGCGGAAGCAAAAGUCAGCAGUUGAUCAAAUAGAAGAAAAGCAUUCAGAUGCCCAAGUGAGAAGUUCUUUCAACUCUGGGAGGUUCCCUUCCGGGUCAAGGAGAACAAACGAGCGAAGAUAGCUUGAUUCCUCUUUAGACUUUUUGGUUUAAGGUUCUUGCAGCAUUUAAAAAAUUUUGGUUUGGUGCUGAUUUAUAUAUUUCUGAAUGUUGUAUUUUAUCUUGUAUUUAUCAGAUGCCACCAUUGGCAUUGUUGUUUUUUUCAGAGCAACCAUUUUAAUCAUUAGAUCAGUUCACUUUUAGUAAAAAUUCCCCUUUCUUUCUGGAUA